AGCCGUCGCGCCCCGUCCCGCUGUCGCUGUCGCUGCUGCUGCUGCUGCUCGGCGGCCUCUCGCUGCUGGCGGCCCCAGUGGAUGCAGAUGUCUCCUUGGAAGCUUGCUGUGUAGACGGAAGUCAAAUGGCCACUCAGCACAAGGACUGCUCACUGCCUUACACCUCGGAAUCCAGAGAAUGCAGGAUGGCCCAGGAGCAGUGCUGCCAUAGUCAGUUGGAGGAGUUGCACUGUGCCACCGGUAUCAACCUGGCCAACGAGCAGGAGAACUGUGCCCUGCCACACAGUGGCAACACCAGCCACUUCGAGGCCAUGUUCGUGAAGAGGUGCUGCCACUGCUGCCUGCUGGGGAGGGCAGCCCAGGCCCGGGGCCAGAGCUGCGAGCUCAGCCUCGUGGCCGGUUACCAAUGUGGACUGGCGUUCCGUGCCUGCUGCGUCAAGGGCCGGGAGAGCGCAGAUGUGGCCCCUGGGGACAUCGGGGAUCUCCAUGAAAACGCUAAGAUUUCUGAUGAGGAACAAGAAGACCCCUACCUGAAUGACCGCUGCCGAGGCGGUGGGCCCUGCAAGCAGCAGUGCCGUGACACGGGGGGCGAGGUGGUCUGCUCCUGCUUUGUGGGCUAUCAGCUGCUGUCCGAUGGUGUCUCCUGUGAAGAUAUCAAUGAAUGCAUCACAGGCAGUCACAAUUGCCGGCUGGGAGAAUCCUGUAUCAAUACGGUGGGCUCUUUCCGCUGCCAGCGAGACAGCAGUUGCGGGACUGGCUAUGAGCUCACAGAGGACAAUAACUGCAAAGAUAUUGACGAGUGUGAGAAUGGUAUUCAUAACUGCCCCCCCGAUUUUAUCUGUCAGAAUACUCUGGGAUCCUUCCGUUGCAGACCCAAGCUGCAGUGCAAGAGCGGCUUUAUACAGGAUGCUCUAGGCAGCUGCAUUGAUAUAAAUGAGUGUUUGAGUAUCAGUGCUCCGUGCCCUAUCGGGCAGACAUGCAUCAACACAGAGGGCUCCUACACAUGCCAGAAGAAUGUGCCCAACUGUGGCCGUGGCUAUCAUCUCAACGAGGAGGGAACACGCUGUGUUGAUGUGGAUGAGUGCUCACCCCCCGCAGAGCCCUGUGGGAAGGGGCAUCACUGUAUGAACACCCCUGGCAGUUUCCGCUGUGAGUGCAAGGCUGGUUAUUAUUUCGACGGCAUCAGCAGGACGUGUGUGGACAUCAACGAGUGCCAGCGCUACCCUGGGCGCCUGUGUGGCCACAAGUGUGAGAACACGCCGGGCUCCUACCACUGUAGCUGCUCCGUGGGCUUCCGGCUGUCUGUGGAUGGCCGGUCCUGUGAAGAUGUGAAUGAAUGCCACAGUAGCCCCUGCAGUCAAGAGUGUGCCAAUGUCUAUGGCUCCUACCAGUGCUACUGCCGGCGAGGGUAUCAGCUCAGCGACGUGGACGGGGUCACCUGCGAGGACAUCGACGAGUGUGCCCUGCCCACUGGGGGUCACAUCUGCUCCUACCGCUGUGUCAACGUCCCUGGAAGCUUCCAGUGCAGCUGCCCCUCAUCUGGCUACAGGCUGGCCCCCAAUGGCCGUAAUUGCCAAGACAUUGACGAGUGUGUGACAGGCAUCCACAACUGCUCCAUCAAUGAGACCUGCUUCAACAUCCAAGGUGGCUUCCGCUGCCUGGCCUUCGAGUGCCCUGAGAACUACCGCCGCUCUGCAGAAACCCGCUGCGAGCGCUUGCCUUGCCAUGAGAACCCGGAGUGCCCCAAGCUGCCUCUGAGAAUAACCUACUACCACCUCUCUUUCCCCACCAACAUCCAAGUGCCCGCCGUGGUUUUCCGCAUGGGCCCCUCCAGUACCGUCCCCGGGGACAGCAUGCAGCUGGCCAUCACCAGCGGCAAUGAGGAGGGCUUUUUCACCACACAGAAGGUGAACCACCAUAGUGGGGUCGUGUCCCUCACCAAGCCCAUCCCAGAGCCCAGGGACUUGCUCCUGACCGUCAAGAUGGAUCUUUAUCGCCAUGGCACCGUCAGCUCCUUUGUGGCCAAGCUUUUUAUCUUUGUGUCCGCAGAGCUCUGAGCACUUGCUUUGGUGGCGGGGGUUCCCUCUUGUCGCUUUCCUCACCUGCCCUUGGGAUUCCAAUAAAAUGUCAGCAGCAUCCCGCAUAGC